GGCCGUUCACCAUGGCACAAGGUGGGGAUGAGUGGGAGCUGUCCAAAGAAAAUGUUCAGCCUCUUCGACAAGGGAGAGCUAUGUCCACUCUUCAAGAAGUACUUUCCCAGCAAGAAAGUUCUAACCAUCAUUCCAUUCAGCAACAGAAACAAACUUUUGAGUUAGAACUUCGCUUCUAUAAUGGUGAUGACCCUUUGGAUGUUUGGGACAGGUAUAUAAAAUGGGCAGAACAAGCAUUCCCCCAGGGUGGUAAGGAAAGCAAUCUGUCUCCUCUUCUGGAGAGGGCAGUCAAGAUCUUCCACCAGGAGAAGCGAUAUUAUGAUGAUUUGCGUUACCUCAACAUCUGCCUCAAGUUUGGUAAUUGUUGCACAGAACCUGCAGAUUUGUACAGCUACUUACACAGCCAAGGAAUUGGAAUUCUGCAUGCUCAGCUGUACAUCGUUUGGGCGGAGGAAUAUGAAGCCAGAGGCAAUUUCAAGAAAGCAGAUUCCGUAUUCCAGGAUGGCAUCCAACGCAGAGCUGAACCUCUGGAUAAACUGGAGGCCAGUCACAGGCAGUUCCAGGCCCGGGUUUCUCGCCAAGUGUUACAAAAUAUUGCUGAUGGAGAGGUUGAAGAGACGGAAUCCUCUGAACCUCAGCGCAGCUCUCUGGUGGAUUUAAAAGCCAGAGGAAAAAAUAAAGUAAAAGCGCCAGUGAGCAGAGUGGGAGAUGCCCUAAAACGCUCUAGCCAAAACUUUAGCGCUCCGAUGGCUCCCCCGCAACAAAUCCCCAGCCGCACUCGUUUUACUGUGUUUGAUGAAAAUGCAGCCAUUGUUGCCCCUGAAAGUCAGCCAACACUUUCUGCUCAACCCUGGACAGCAUUGCCUCAAUCGCGGGCCAAAGAAAAUGAGCAAAAAGCAGGGCCCUGGAGCUCUGGCCGGCCACCACGCAGCACCCAUCAGACUUCCAGCCAUGACCCAGGUUCCAGUCUUCCUAGCUUCACACCCUAUGUGGAUGAACUGGCACAGCAGCAGACAGUUACACCAUGCAAGAUUAACCCCUCAGUUACUAGUGUCUUGAGUGCUCGGAAGCCUGGCAAGGAGGAGGAUCCUCUACAGAGACUGCAGAACAGCACACAAGGGAAAGAGGAGAUGGUUAUGUACUGUAAAAACAAAGUCUAUGCCGGAGUAGAGGAGUUUUCGUUCGAGGAAAUCCGUGCAGAAAUUUACAUUGCAAAGCUCCGCAAGAAGAGAGCAGAUGAUCUCCUAGCUAGUGCUCUUCGUCGACAGGAGAUGGAGAGGCAGAUUGAAGAGUUGGAGAAGAGGCUAAAAGGCUUACGCGCUGAAAACCAAGGACAAAUGGACAUGGAGGCAGCACCAGCUGAUGGGUCCAAUAGAAUUCCGGGGACAGAGGAAAGUGAGCCUCAGUCUGAGCAGCCCGCAGCGUCCAGCAAUUGUACAUCUUCAAAUAAAGAUGUGGAUCCUGUGCGAUGCGCCCAUCCUGCUCUUCUGUUACCAAGCCUUGAUGCCUUGAAUCUGGAUCAAAACAAACCCAAAUUUACUGAGCUGUCGUCAACACUGUCCUCUGAUGGGCCAUUUACCAUUUUUGAUGAAACAUGUGAAACACAGCCUAGCAUUGCCUCUCAAAGUUUGAAUAGGAUGCGACCUCCAGCCCGGCGCCCACUUGCUACUCUUUCAGAAGUAUUUGUUCAUGAUGUCCCACUCACAGACACACUUGAUGGUAUUGAACCCCUGAAUGAAGAGGCUAUAGUGUCUGGGUCAGACAGGAACAAAACUUUGUUUGCAGAGCCAGAGGACACGUGUGAUUUUGUAAGAGCUGCUCAGCUGGCAUCCACUCCUUUCCACAAGGCCAAGGACGAGUCAGAAGAAAGCAUCUCUUCUGAUCCGGAGAGGCUUCCACUAAGAGGGAAAACUCCAGUGUGUGAGGAAUCUUUUCGACAAGUUGUUUGUCCCAAGAAGUUGAGCCCAAUUUUAGAAGCAAGUAGAGAGGAUACCCCUUCCUCUGUGUCUUCUGUCUCUACUGGAUCUACUAGUCUACUCACCUCAAAGACUCUACUUGUCCAAGGGAAGUUCCACCCUACAGGCCAGAUGUCAGGGGUGUAUGAACAUGCUCUAGACUGCUCUGUGGAUUUAGAAGAGCUGCACAAAAACUUGCUGUUGCCCGCAUCUGAACUGUUAACAUUACAGCAUAUCCACCAGGAGGCUGGACAGAUGCCCUCUUUGAAGGACCAGGAAGAGAUAUAUCUUGGUGGGGAAACUUAUCAACUAAGAAGUAAAAUUAGUUUAGGAAAUGGCAGAAACCUUCUUAAAGCAACAUUGUUAGAUGUGGAGAUGGAAAGCGUAAGAGGGGUAGUUAUAAAGAGGGAUUCCCAGCCAGUUCCAUGGGAUUUCUAUAUUACACAGCAACUGACAGAACGGCUCGGAGAGGCCUUUAACAGUUGUCUAUUAGAACCAAGUGACUGCUUCCUCUUCCAGGAUGGCUGUUUUACUGUUUAUAAGGAUACCACUCACUUUACUAUUCAGGACAUACUUGAAGACAAAGAGACUAUGACUGAGGAGGUCAUUAUUCUGUUUGCAUACAAUUUGCUGAGUCUUGUGGAGAAACUCCAUUCAGUAGAUAUCAUCCAUGGAGACCUGAGGACAGAAACUCUUCUGCUGGACAACAAGAUUUUUGACUUGACUUCUUGCACAGAGUUGAAUGGUUGCAUCAAACCAACAGAUUUCUCCCAUAGCAUGGACAUGCGGUUGUGUCCUACACUGCCAUUAACCGCUUUCCCCAUAGCACAAACUGAGUAUGGACAGCAGGUUCUAGCUGACAGAACUUCACCUUACCAGGUGGAUCUUCUUGGCAUUGCAAAUGUGGUGCACCAAAUAAUCUUCAGCAAGUGCUUGGAGGUUCAUCAUGAAGAUUCAGUAUGGAAAAUCAACAAAGCAUUUCCCAGUUGGUGGCGUGGUGAACUCUGGAACGCCUUCUUUUCCAAAAUAUUGAAUAUGGACAGUGAAUCUCCAGCAUAUGUUUUAAAGGAACUCAAAGAUGAGAUGGAACAGUUGUUGGACAGCAGCUUUCAAGAUGGGCUAUGUAUUUACUUCAUUAAGCUCGAAGCCCUUCGGAGCCCCCUUUAA